UACGUAAAUCAGACACUGGAAUGCAUAAAAAGAUGACAUAAUCUCACUCUUGUGAAAUGUAAUUUGUUUGAAGUAGAUACUUUGUGCCCACACCCCUCAAAAUAUGUUAUAAAGCCUAGUUUACCUAUAAGAUUCUGUAAGGCAGUGUCAGAAUUAUUACUGCUUCACUGCUGAUUGCAAGAUGGACUCGGAUUUUGACAUGGAUAUAAAAUCAUUUUACAAGUACAAGAAGAAGUAUGUUAUUUUGAUUGUGCUAGCAUCCGUUUCAGCACUGGCAAUCAUUUUUGGGCUUGGACUUGGUUUAGGACUUGAGCUGCACAAAUGCAAAAACAAAGUUGUAGAAGAAGUUAGAAAAUCAUGUGCGAAUCGCUGCUAUGCUCCUAUUGAAGAAGGCCAGAAAGGAUGUCAUUGUGAUCGACUUUGUGUAGAGUAUGAUACCUGCUGCUCGGAUUUCGAAGAAAUUUGUCUCAAAUCAGCUGAACUUUGGGAAUGCACCAAAGACCGCUGUGGAGAGUCACGAUAUAAUAACAAUAAGUGUCACUGCUCUGAAGACUGUUUGAAAAAUGGUGAUUGCUGCACAAAUUUUAAGAGUGUAUGUCAAGGUGAACCUGAUUGGGUUUCCGGAUCCUGUGAUGAUAUUACAAAAGAAUUCUGCCCUGCCAGUUUUCCAAGGCAGCCUGUAAUCCUUAUCUCUCUGGAUGGGUUUCGUGCUGAGUACAUGAUGACAUGGAAGCAGUUUUUACCUGUAAUAACAAAACUCAGGACUUGUGGAGUAUAUUCUCCGUAUAUGCAAGCAAUGUAUCCAACAAAGACAUUUACAAAUCAUUAUUCCAUUGUAACGGGUAUGUAUGCAGAAUCCCAUGGUCUCAUUGAUAACAACAUGUAUGAUCCAGUUUUCAAGAAAGCUUUUAGCCUGUCAAAUGAUGAGAAGAUGAAUCCAGCAUGGUACCAAGGUCAGCCUGUAUGGCUGACAGCUAUGUACCAAGGACUCAAAGCAGGGACCUUUUUCUGGCCUGGGUCUGAUGUUAAAAUCAAUGACACCUAUCCAGAUUUGUAUAAGCCAUAUGAUGGAAAAAUUGCAUAUGAAGAAAGAGUUCACACAUUACUCAAAUGGCUUAAUUUAACAAAUACAGAAAGGCCAGAUUUCUAUACCCUUUACUUGGAAGAACCAGACUCCUCUGGCCAUAAUCAUGGACCUGUGAGUGGUGGGGUGGUGCAAGCCCUGCAGGGAGUAGACAGAAUCAUAGGUCAGUUAAUGGAUGGACUGAAGCAAAUGGGCCUGCACAGAUGUGUCAACAUCUUACUUGUUGCUGAUCAUGGAAUGGAUGCUACCAGCUGUGAACGGGUGGAGUACUUGACAAAUUAUCUGGAAACUGUUAAUAACAUAUAUGUGUACAGUGGACCAAAUGUGAGGAUUAGGGCUUAUAAUACAGAUGAUUAUGACAAGAUUGAUAAUAAGGGGAUUGUUGCAAACCUAACGUGCAAGAAAGCAGACCAGCAUUUUAAACCCUACCUAAAAGCUCAUUUGCCAAAGAGGUUUCACUACAGCAAUAACCGUAGAAUAGAACAUGCAACAAUACUCGUGGAUGAACAGUGGCUUGUUGCAAGAAAACUUGGAGAAUAUACCUACUGUGAUGGUGGUUCACAUGGAUACGAUAAUGACUUAUACAGCAUGCAUGCAAUAUUUGUAGGCUAUGGACCAAAGUUAAUUAGCCAGCAAGAAGUGGAGCCAUUUGAAAAUAUUGAACUUUAUAACCUCAUGUGUGAUUUGCUUGAAAUUGAUCCAUCACCUAAUAAUGGCACACAUGGAAGCCUGAAUAACUUACUGAGAGAACCAGUAUAUAAACCACAGUUUCCUAAACAGGAAUCAAAUCCAGGAACAUGUACUAUGACCUCCCUAACACCCACUUCUAACCUUAACUGUUCCUGCCCCAGCAUGGGUGCUGCAGAAGAGGAACUAAACAAAAGGCUGAACAUAACAGAAGUUGUAGGUAUAGAACAGGUCCAUUUGCCAUUUGGGAGGCCAACAAUGUUACAACCAAAACAAGAUUACUGUCUACUGUAUCACAAUGGUUAUGUGAAUGCCUUCAGUAAAACAAGACUGAUGCCAGCCUGGACGUCAUUCACUGUUAAAAGAACUGAACACUCAAAUCCCUUGCCAGAUGUCAUUCCUGACUGUGUAAGAGCUGAUGUUAGAAUACCAGAAAAUGAAAGUCCAUCUUGUGCCAUGUAUUCACAGCAAAAUGUCACUCACACUUUUCUGUAUCCACCAAACUUGAAUUCCAGCAUAGAAGAACAAUAUGAUGGCCUGCUGAUGAGCAAUGUUAUUCCUGUCUAUCCAGCUUUUCAGAAAAUCUGGACUUACUUUCAGAAUGUGGUGCUGAUGAAGUAUGCCACAGUGUACAAUGGGGUAAAUGUAGUAAGUGGCCCAGUGUUUGAUUACGAUUAUGAUGGACGUUUUGACUCUUCAGCAGAGAUUAUAGAGAAUGUCACUGGAACUUCUAUCCCUAAUCCAACACAUUACUUCAUAGUUCUUACUAACUGUAAGAAUACGACUGAGACACCAUCAGGAUGCUCUGGAUCCAUUCAAGCUGUUGCUUUUAUUUUGCCUCACAGAGAUGACAACAGUGAAUCAUGCAGUAAUAAUGAAAAUGAAUCAGAAUGGGUAGAAGAUCUAAUAUGGUUCCACAAGGCCCGAAUCAGGGAUGUUGAAUUGAUCACCGGUCUUGACUUCUAUCAAGGCAGAAAACAACCAGUUGAAGAACUGAUCCGUUUAAAAAGUCGUCCAUGUUCUACUUAUAGCAGGGUUCACUAACUAGUUUUUAUAAUUCUGAUUCAGUUAUUCAAUAUAAUUGGAAAUUCUGUUUGUAAAGAAUGGGACAUGAGACUUUGCAAUAUCAAAACAGUACUUAAUGAACUCAAUUCUGUUUUGAUAGCUGUUGUGUACCAAAAGAAAACUGCAUGAAUCAGUGUUUAGUCAUGCUUAGAUAAUAACUGCUCUGGCACUUAUAUUUAUUUUUUUGAAAGACUCAGUUAUAAAGCAAGCACUUCAUACAAUAAAAGAACGUCAGCUGUCAA